AUUUGAAAUUCAGCCGUGGUCGCGGCGGCAACGAUUGCCCCAUGGCGCGCACGAAGGAUGGACUGGUGUCCGGUGUGGGCGAUCAACCCCGUGAAACGUUCAUGUUUGAAGGCAUGAAGAUCAAUCGCUGCGACAUCUGCAAGAAUCCCAAGAGACACAAGGCGUGGUGUGCUGCGGAAUGGGAGACCCGCAAAAAGGCGUUCGCUGCAACGUCUUCGUCACCUGCUCCUGCUGACCCCACUUCGCCAAGAGAAGCGUCGAAAACGACGCACGAUCCACUGCGAGCUGAUCACGGCCAAACGGCACCGUCGAACACGUCUGAAAAUUCCCAAACGGUGCAAAAGCGCACCUCCUCCCAACGCACCGUCAGACCAUGUCCAUUUUGUCCGUGCAAGACGCGAAAGCAUCUCCAUCGCGACGCACGGAACUGUUUGUUUUACGCUGCGACAGCCUGGCGAAAACAACUUUGACGCAUGUGCGCGAGAGUACAGGCUGACGCUUGCAGCGAACGAGGCCCAAGAAACGCCACAAACAUCCACCACGAACAAGGAGGACGUGGGGGCUUCGCAACUACUUGCUACGAACAAAGAGGUCCAGGGAAUAACGCAACCACUUCCUACGAUCCAGGAUAUCGAUGGAACAGCACAGCCACCCUUCACGAGCAAGGACACCGUGCUGUCAAAAUGGACAAUUGACAGAUCACAACUUGUGGCACGUUCGUCUGCAGCCAAGCCGACGUCGUUUUCGUCCACGGUGUCAACAGCUCAAGAAAUUUCGCCGACACAAUCGGUCAGAUCUGUUGCGUCGUCCUCUGUUCAGGACAACACUGUGUUGUCCCGAUGGACCAUUGAUAGGUCAAGACCUGUGUCCGCACCCUCGACAGUCGUGCAUGCGAGGAAGACGACUCCGUUGUCGUCGAGGAUGUCGACACCGGAAAGCAGUACUCCAACACGAUCGACGAGACCUGUCGCGUCAGCACCUGAACAGGAAUGCCCGAUGGUCAUUCCAACUUCGAACCAAAUCGCAUCAAAACAUGUCAACGCACAUUUUACUGAAGCGAUGAGAACCAACCCAGGGACAACGGCUCUUGUGACGUCGAGACCUACGUCCACCACAUCUUCCGCGACAGCAGAGACACCCGUCAAAACCACGACGCCACGACUGGCUACGCUCGGUCAGCCCUCCACGACGGCCCUGCAAACUGCUCACCGGCUUGAAAAAAUCCGCUCCUCUUCAAAAUCGUCCUCGCUCCUGCCGUCGCCGCACACCUCCUUCACGACGUCGCUAGCAGUUGGUCCUGCUACGCCGUCGACUUCUUUGGCAGCGUCUGAGUGCACAACCAAGUCACCACCCACCACGACUGAACCACGUGCAGCCCAAGCCAAGGCAAAUCACACGGCGCGAAUGACGAAAAAUGACCCGGUGACAGCAAAAGAGCAAGCUGCAACAACAUCGACUGUAGUCGCGACAAAAACCAGUUCCACUGCAACUUUGGACGCCCGAUCAAGCACACAUGAAAGUGUUGCAGCUGCUGUUGCCUCCACGGAGACGACAACAUCUCCGCGUUCUAAACGACGAGACGUUGUGCGAACAGCUCCUGCAUCAUCGUCAUCCCGCGCUUCAGCAUCGUCGCAACCGCCCAAGACAAACGCACAACAGGCCAACAACACGUCGAUCCCAUACCCGAUCCAGCCCGGGAUGACUCCGUAUAUGUGGUAUUUGCCUGCAAUGGUUCCCGGGCAGCUCCUCCCGCCAACGCACCCUUCGUCCGUCGACAACACGAGAAAGAAUGCUCCUAGCAGUACGAGCUCUGCACGACCCAUCACCCCCCAAAAGCCCUUGUCCCCCGUUCCCGCAGAUGUCGACCCGUCCACCCGACCAACAGUUUCCGUGCCCCGUUCAGAAACGGCGGCCAAUGUGUCGAAAAAGCGACAACUUUCCGACGAAAACGCAAGUCCCCGCGCCACAUCUCCACGCGAAGACGACCAAGGCGGUCGCGUCCAACGUCGUCGACACGACGACCAACGCUUCGACCUGCUCCGGCAACUCUUGUCUGUGAUCGAACGGGAUCAAGUCCAUGCGAAAGCCCACGACGACGCCGUCGUCAAACUCCAGCUCGAGCGACUCGAGUUUGACCGCGAAUUACAACGCGAACGCAUUGCGUUCGAUAAGGCUCAAGCUACCAAAGCCGAGAAACGAUUCGAAGCCAACCAAGAGAUUAUUCACCAAUUGCUCGCGCAACUCAACGCGGUGGCAUCGUCGACAUGAGCUACCCAACAACCAAGUUACACGGUCCGAUUGACUGUGCAUUGUCGGCAGCAAGGUGCCGUUGCAAGCGGCCGCCGUGGCAGAGUCCUCAGAGUGACUUUUGCGUGUCAGCGGGAACCGAUGCGCAUGUAGCUUUUCGUGCAGCCGUCAGUACUCCAUGGCAAUACCCUCGACUAUUGUGAGCCCUGAUAACGUCCCUUCUUGUGCACCACAGGUGUCUUUUUCGU